AUGACAAGAAAGAAAGUGAAGCUUGAAUGGAUAGCCAAUGACAAUGCAAAAAGACUUACCCUCAAGAAAAGGAGGUUGGGAUUAUUGAAGAAAAUGAGUGAGCUAUCCACUCGAUGCGGUGUUAAUGUUUGUGCUAUCAUGUAUGGCCCAAACGAAAUCGAGCCAAUGGUGUGGCCAUCACAUGACGUGGUACAACAACAACUUGCAUAGUUCCAAAGCUUGUUCGAGUUAGAGCGACUAAAGAAAAUGAUGAACUAAGAAACCUACCUCAAAGAGCAGGUUAAGAAGGUUAGAGAACAAUUGAUGAAAUACAAAAAGUGGAACAAGGAAAUGGAGAUGGCUCAACUCAUGUAUCAAAUCAAUCAAGGCAAAGGGCUUAAUGAACUUAACCUUUGUGAACUGAAUGGGUUGUCUUUAUUUGUGGGUAAGAAGAUAAAGGAGAUUAGUAAACGGAUUGAGUUUUUCCAAGAAGUUCUUUUUGCUCCUACAAGUGCCCUUCCUGAUCCACAUCUUCCUCCCCAAUGCCUUACAGUAAAUGAAAUGACUCAAACUAGCAAUGGCAAAGCUGGCGAUGGCGAUGACUGGAGCACUCCUACAGAGCCUUUGUUAUGGAGCCAAUAUUUCAUUGAUAUGAUGAACAAAAAUGAACUCAAACUUGCUAGCAAUAGAAGCAUAAAGAAAAAUAUGUAUCACCCACCAGUUGGGAGUGCUAUAGAUGAUCUGGGGCUACCAAUACACUCAUUGGCUAGCAAUUUCAGUGUUGUAGCUGACAUGGGGUUGCCUUCUACGAAUUUUGUAGCCCAUGGUGCAAGUGACAUGAGGCUUUGUCAUGGGAGACUAGUCAGAGGUAGCAAUUUUGGCCCAUUUAGGAGUGAUAUAGGGCUGGGACUGCACCAUUUAGGUGGACAUUUAGGAAACAACUCCAUCAGAAGCGAGAUAGGGCUGCCACAUCUUUGACAUUCCAAUGGAAACAGUAGUGGCGUUGGCGAGGAUAUCGAAUUGCCAUUUAAUUAGAAAAUCUUGCCAAACUAUUUCUCUCCUAGAGCUGAAGAAAAAGAGAGACUCAACAUUUAUGGAAUAAUAAUGAUGACAAGAAAGAAAGUGAAGCUUGAAUGGAUAGCGAAUGAUGCUAGAAGUCUUAGCCUCAAGAAAAAGAGGUUAGGAUUACUGAAGCAAAUGAGUGGGCUAUCCACUUUAUGCAGUGCGAAUGCUUGUGCCAUCAUCCAUGGCCCAAACAAAAUUGAGCCAAUGGUGUGGCCGUCACAUGACGUGGUACGACAACAACUUGCCCAGUUUUAAAGCUUGUCCAAGUUAGAGCGACUAAAGAAAAUGAUGAGCCAACAAACCUACGUCAAAGUGCAGGUUAAGAAGGCUAAAAAACAGUUAAUGAAGUACGAAAAGAGGAACAAGGAAAUUGAGAUGGCCCAACUUAUGGAUCAAAUCAAUCAAGGCAAAGGGCUUGAUGAAGUUAACCUCAGUGAACUGAAUGAGUUGUCUUUGUUUGUGGAUAAGAAGAUAAAGGAGAUUAGCAAACGGAUUGAGUUUUUCCAACAAGGUCCUUUUGCUCCUACAAGUGCCCUUCCUCCUCUUCCUCUUCCUCCCCAAGGCCUUAAAGUAAAUGAAAUGGCUUGAAUUGGUAAACUUAUUGGUGGAGACUGUAGCACUUCUGUUGAGACUUUGCUAUGGAACUAAUGUUUCAUCGAUAUGAUGAACCAAGAUGAACCCUAACUUUCUACCAAUAGUAGUGUAAGGAGUGAUAUGGGCUUACCACAUCACCCAUUAGCUAGGAGUGCUACAAAUGAUCUGGGACUAGCAAUACACUCAUUAACUGGUAAUUUCAGCGUUGCAACUGACAUAGGCUGCAUCCUAUAG